AUGAAACUUCUCGGUUCAGGGACGUAUGGGACAGUGUCCCUCAUGGACUGGGACGGCCAGCCAGCAGCGCUGAAAUUAGCAAAAUCUUCAGAGUUUUCAGCAGUGUUUAAAAGCGAAGGCAACGUCCUCUCGUUACUGAAUGGUGCAGGAGGCGCCCCUUUGUUGUUGCACAGGUCAGUGAAUCCACCAUCACUUGUGACCACCUAUAAAGGCAACCAGACCCUACAAGACGUCUUGAGACGUCCCAAAUAUGACCUUCUCGAGUUAGGACUUGAGGUUGGCAUAAAGUUACAAGAGGUUCACGAGGCGGGUAUAGUACACAAUGAUAUAAAAUGUGAUAACGUCAUGGUCCAAGGUCCGCCCCACAACCCACAGGUUAGUAUAAUUGAUUUUGGCUUGGCCUCCAGAAACAACGUGAAAAUUUUCCUGGAAGGUGACCCGACUAUCAAUACUAUAUAUGCCCCCGAGGUCCUUCAGAAGAAGGCAAGCACUUUUGCCUCAGACGUCUACUCUUAUGGGAGGCUAAUGCUGGUGAUAAAGAAGCGGUUGCCCAAGCAUCACCCGGAACUAGAUAAGUUGCUUCGGGAAGCAACCAACAAGAUCCCAAGGCGGCGCCCAACCCUUCAUAUGUUUCUAAGGCGUUUACGCGAAGUCAUAAGCAAAAUCUCACCCAAUACGAAAAGUUUCUGUAAAAAACAGGACACCAGAGCAACCUCCGACAGUUUGAACGCCAAGAAACUGCGAGAGCGCCGGACAAAGCGCAGUCGGAGCCCAUCUCCAAACAUGUCCGCUCAGCGCGGCAUGAAACUGCGCAAACGACCUAAAACGCGCCAUCAGACCCCAGCCAAAUAGGAUAAAAAUUUACAACGCGGUAAAAAGAAAAAGCCAAAAAAUGCCCUGAGAAACCGAACCCAAGUCUUAGAGGCUACACGAACCUUAGUCAGCUGUAAGACUAAAGGACUCGGGACAUUUGUUAAAUAAAUUGUUCCUAUAAUUUUUUCAGUGUUUAAAUUCAAAUUUAGUCUGUUAAAUAAUUAGUCAAAAAUAUGAAAAACUUGUUUUAUUUGUUUUAAAAUAUAGCACC